GCAAUGACGUCACAACCUGCAAACGAAUCAGAACUACAGUUAUACAGAGUCCUUCAACGAGCCAACCUUUUGAAUUACUACGACACAUUUAUUUGUCAAGGAGGGGACGAUGUCCAACAACUUUGUGAGGCCGGAGAAGAAGAAUUUUUGGAAAUCAUGGCCUUAGUCGGGAUGGCUAGCAAACCUUUACAUGUUCGGCGACUACAAAAGGCACUACAAGAAUGGGUGAACAAUCCUGCCAUGUUUCAGACACCACUUGUGCCCACCAUACCCCCAAAUCAUCCAAACCACCACAUGAAUUCCCUAACAACUUCCAACAGGGCGGGUCCCGGACCUGGUCCUGGACCCGGAGCUCCGGUAAACCUAUCCCAUUCGUCGGGACUGCCGCUGAGGCCCAGUCCACCAGUCCCAAUGCUCCCAAACAGUACCAGUCACUCGUCCCCUUCCCCCGGAAGAAAGGAGGUGCCGUCCCCCAGCCAAACUCACGUGUCGUCACACCAUCAGCAUCAACAGUUUUCUCAGCUCCAACAACACCAUCAAGUUAGCCAAUCUCUCCAACAGGGCACAGGAGAGUACGGACAACCGGGCUCCCCCAUUUCCCUUACACCGGUUCUCGUUGAAACUCAAAUCCAGCGGUUAGCGGAGGCAGCAGAGAUGCUGAUCAAGACGCUGCCACCUUUAGAACCUAAACCUCAAAAUAACAAGAAGAAGAUCAGUAAAGAAUUAGAGUAUGUGAUGAAUAUGUCUGAUGACGAUCCCCGGAGAAUGGACGAAAUGAGGAAGUAUGCAGCAAUAUAUGGUCGAUUUGACUGCAAAAGGAAACCCGAGAAACCUUUAACACUGCAUGAGGUAUCUGUUAAUGAAGCAGCUGCUCAGAUAUGUAAGCAAGUUCCUGCCCUUCUCACCCGAAGAGACGAGCUUUUCCCCUUAGCCCGACAGGUGGUGCGAGACAGUGGAUAUCAGUAUUCAAAAGGCCAUUCCAGUUUUGAUGAUACUUCUAGGUCUCAGGGCUAUAGAUCAUAUGACGAAGAUUCCUGUAAGCGGCCCAGACUGGACCCGUGUCUCGGUACCUUCACUGAUAAAGUUCAGCUCGAGGAAGAGAAGAAGAAGCGACAGGAGAGAAUUGAAGCAAUAGGAGAGCAGCUGAAAGCCAUAGGAGCCCAGCAGGAGGAGCUGAAAGCUAAGUUACAGCAGAGCUAUUCUGGAGUCAACCAUGUCCAGCCACAGCUGGAACAACUCUCUACACAUCAGAUGCAGCUGAUUAAUGAACAAAGUGAGCUGAACAAACAGUUGAAGAGACUGGAAAGGUAUUCAUUUAGUGGAAGAGGCUGCGAACGUCUUUCAAACUGGUCAGAAUCUGAAAAAGUUGACACAGAUGACACAGAUUCCCAGUUUUCAGCAUACAGUAACACCUCGUCACCUCCCUUGGGUCAGGAAGCCCAUGAACCUCCGUCGUUGGACAUCAACCACUCAUUCCCAACCACUGACAUGUUCAGCGCCAUGAGAAUGGUGUCCAACAGCAAGAAGACCAAUGCCCAGAUUACCAAGCAAUUGGUUCAAGAGACUCUUAUGGAUGAAGGAUUACGUGUGGUCAAAGAACUGGCCAAUCAGAUCAAAGAUGAAAAUGAUAGCACUGUUACAGCUUCCAAGGUGAACAUCCACUCCCGAGCUAAUGUUCCCAAAGGUGAGAAAGAGUAUGUAAAUCACUCUUCUGCUUCAACAAGCUUACCAUCAGUAGUGACAGCUUCAUCAGGCUUUUCCAGCAACACUCCUUCAUCAACUACAUCUUUAGUCGUCUCAUCAACUGCACAAAAUGGCUAUGGUCUGGUCAGUUUAAACGAACCAGUAUAAAGAAGAUGAAGGCUAUAAAAAGUAUUGAAAAUAUGUUGUGUGAAAAGUUGAUUAUGAAACUUGAUCAUUCUGCAAGCUUCAAAAUCUGUUUUCUCCACUAGCAAGAUUUUAGUGGGUAAGAGAAGGAGUUAACAAGUAUUGUCUGCAAAGCUAAAUUUAAUUUGUACAGAGAACCCUUAACAAGCAUAUUAAUAUCUCGAUCUACUCUGUGCUCACCGUACACACUAGUUUUAUAUGUCUUUCACUAAGUUAAAGUAUUUAUAAUGCUUUUUUUUACUUGAUUGAUAAAUUAGCAUUUCACUUGCAGAAUGGCCAAGUUUGUAAUAUGUGUGUGUGGAAGAACUUGUGCUCAUGUGAGCCCUUAGGAUGGACGAGGCCUAGCCAAUCUCACAGGGCAAUAGUCAGUGAAGAGCACAGACUUUGGAUCUCAUCUGUGAUGUCUAGUUGUGUUGUAGCAGUUGAGGCAACUGCCCAGUGGCCAGUACUGGAAUCCAAACAUCUUUAAAAAACGCUUACUCUCGUUGUUGUAUUUAAGGAUUUUAAGGUCUAAGACCUUGAAAACAACUGUUAAACCCUUAGGUUUGAGGAAAUGUAAUUUUAUCUUGAUGUUGGUUAUAAGAUGAAUAUUUUGGAUGGUAAAAUACAGAUGUCAUCAAUGUAGCAUCUAUCUACCAGGUUUCAUUUUUGUCUCAUUUGUGGCCUAGUCAGGGCAUUGUAGUCGAGUAAGUCACCAAGUUGAAUUCGUUUGUAAACAUUGUUAUUAUUUUCAAACAAGAGAUUAUUAGAAAAUAUUGAGGAGAAAUCCAGUGGCCAGAAUUUCUGGCACGAUCGUAUUUUUCUUUAUUACAAAUCAAAAAGAUUAAUUAUCACGUUGUAUUGUUUAUUACAGUUGUUUAAUUGCUUUUUUGUUUUACAUAUUUAAUAAGUAAUCGAUAUAAAAAAGAACGCAAUCAUCUUUAUAAUCUACUCUUUGUUAGCUUCAUGUUUGUUUUAAAAUUUUUAGAAAUAUUUAGAAAAUGAUAAAUUUGAACAAUUUUGUUUCUAUGACCAAAACAGAAAAAUAUUUUCUUUUUUUGUUUUUCAUUUUCUAUGGUUUGCCAUGUAUAUUGCCAAAAUAUUAUGUGUUUGAUCUAAAAUGACAAAAGCUUUAUAUAUCAUACAUCAUUACUGAAUGAAUUUUUGUAGCGUAACAAUAUUAUGAAUUAAUGAGACAUCAGAUACAGUGGUGUACGAGAUAAAGUUUGAUAAUUAAGUUUUGGUAUUUACAAACAUAACAAGUUUAGAUAACAUAUUCUUCUGAUUCUUUUAUGUCUAUGGUCCUUUACUAAAAGCUCUCGGAAGUUUCACAGUGUGGAAAAGUUGAGUUCAAACAACCGUUUUAGGUAAAUUUGUUAAACUAAAUUUUGGUCAUCGAUUUCAUACGUGAGAAAAACAAACAAACAGGAAUAUUAAAAUGAUCUGCUUCUUGUCAGUUUUUAUUUUAAAAUGUCUUCUAUAUAAAGGGCAGUGAUGUGAAAAGUGUUCGUAUUGUUGUGAAACCUGGUGUAUAUCAUCUAAAAUUUCUGAUGCAAAAUUACUUUUCACACGUGAAGAAAAAAAAACAGAUAAACUUGCCGUUUGUCUGGUAUGAGAUUGGGUACAAUACAAUUCAAUACUAAUAAACGGUUUAAUAACCAAAUAAAUUGUGUGAUAUGGAAAUGAUAAUUAUUUUUCAUUUUGCAAAAAGUUAAAAAAAAAGUCCAGGCAUGUGAUAUAAUGUGAUACUUGUGAGUCAUAUACUUCUGCAUUAGGGUAGUUUUGUGUGAAACUGGGUUUCUAAUAAUACAAAUGUAAAUGAUGGUAAAUAUGUUUGUCUUUUUUUUUUUUCUGUUGCAACUAUAGAGUAAGGUUUUUGUGUGUGAAAGAAAAAUAAUAGUAAUUUAUCAAAAAUAACCAAUUUGACUUAUAAAGUCGCAUGUCGUGUAGCCACACUGGAUUGAAAGAACAGGAGACAUUUAGACAGCUCCUAGCUAAAGUGAUUAUUGUGAUAGAUGUUAAUGGUAUUCUUGUAAAACUUUCAAACACGUGAGUUUUUUCUUUCUUUAAAACAUGAAUAUAAUAUUUCGUAGUUUUCGCUAAGCUAAGGUGAAUUAAAUACAUUAUUGUUAAUAUAUAUAUAUAUAUAUUAAACUGAAACUAUUAUUCUAAUAAGCGUGUAUGCAGAUCACUGUAGACAUCAAAUUUAAGUAUUGUAGCAGCAUAGAAAUGUAAAAAACAGUUUUCAGUGUGUUUGUGUGUGCGUAAGUUGUCACCAUUUUCCUCGUUCUUUUGUUGCAGCAAAAAUAACUGUGAUUUUAGACUUGAUGCACAGAUACAAUAAAGUUGAGAAUAGUUCUAGUUAGUCUUAAAUUUUCCCGAUAUAUCAUAUUUCGUAAGUAAACGGUUAAACAGAUUUUCGAAUUUGUGUUCGCGAAGUGUUGACGAUGAAACUGAUACACCCCCUCAGUUGUCGUUUUUUGUUGAUAGAAUGACGGCCAAGGUUGUUGUGGGUCCUCAGUUCUAGACUGUUGCCUUUGUUGGAACUGAAUGCAAAGCAUCAAGCUCACUUACAUCCUUUAAUAACCACUUGUUAUCUUCUUAGUCAUGUUUUGUUUAAUCUGAAAACAUAUGUAAAGAACACUUGAUCGAAUUGCGUUUAUAUAAAACCGGCGUAUUGAUUUUCUAACAGUGUUGCAUCAUAUGUUUUCUCAGAUCUUCCAUAUCAUGUAACCAUUAAGUUCAUUAUAAAAAUGUAAUGAGAAAUUUCUAAAAAAAAAACAAACAUUUUAAAUGAUUUUUGUGCUACUUUUCUUGUGUAUCCUUAAUGUUUAUUUUUACUAUCGUAAUAAUGUUUUUAAAAAUCGUUUAAUUGAAUGUUUUAACUUCUGUCUAUAUAAUUAUAUUCUAGGUUCUUUUUAAUUAAAUCUCGCUAAUCUGGAGCCACAGAAAAAUAAAACCCCGAACGUGAUAUUGUAUUAUGAGCUCAGCUCCCCCCCACCCCACCCCGAUAAACAAUUGGAAUCAAACAUGAGGAUACACUGAACGUUUGAUUAAGAUUAAACAACAAGGUACUUUUAAGUUUUCAUUGAAUUAAAAUAAUAUAUCCCAAUUCAGACAAUUUCUAACCCUGCUUCCCAUUGGCACAGCGGUAUGUCUGCGGACUUACAACGCUAUAAACCGGGUUUCGAUACCCGUGGUGGGAAGAACACAGAUAGCCCAUUGUGUAGCUUUGUGCCUAAUUUCAAACAAACAAAUUUCUAACCCAAUAGAAGUAUUUCUUUGAUUUGAUAAGAAAUAAUAAUAAUAUUUAGGGAAAAGCAAUUUGAAAAAAGCACAAUAAUAGAACCAAAUUACUUAAUACACAGCAAUAUAUUUAUUCUAUUAUUAGGCCUUCUUUAGGAACCAGUUACUUAGUCCAUCACAGGAAACUACGUGGUUCAGUUGCUCAUCAGAAACCUGUGAUAAAUUGAAUCUUGGAAUAUUUGGACCAAAAAUAUAUUUAAAAAAUCCCCUCUAGCAUUUUCACUUCACGUAGUGUAAACUUGUACUGUUAAAUUUUAUUGGUUUAGUGUCGAUGUAGUGUAGUAGAGUAGUUAACAAUCGAUAUAUGUGAAUGUUUUGUCCAAAGCUUCAGAAAGUAAAUAUAGUGUUUUCUAUAUUUAUAUGGUGAUUUAACCAUUAUAUUCUUGUACAUAAAAUUUCUCCCCAGUGUGGCUAUACAAAGUUAAACCAUUUACAGUCACAGUGUGACCCCUGGUGGCAAUCUCAUUGUAGGAACUUUUAUGGUCUUUAUGUAUGUGUUUAUAUGUACUGAGUGUGGGCCUAGCCUUCUUGUACUCGGCUUAAUUGACCAAAGAUACUGUGUAAUAUUUCGUCUACUUGGCCAGAUUCUUUGGAUUUUGUAGAUGACGGACAUCAAACAGAGUACUUGGGUAAAGUACUCGUUGAAUAAAAACACAUUUUAAAGAUGGUCGGUUUCAACACUGUGUACCACUGGUAUAGUACUGCUCGUUAAACUUGAAACUGUCUUCGUGAAGGAUUAGCAUAAAUAGAGUAAAACACUGCAGUAGUUGAUGAUGUCUAAAAAAGUAUUAGAUGGAUAUUUUUAAGGGUUAUUUUAAAUCAGUUAGGUGUUCUUCUCUGUGGUAACAUUUGAAAAAAAAUGUCAUGUAGUUCUUAUUCAUGGAUGUCUAAUAAUAACGUAAUUGAAUGUAAUAAUAACGUAAUUGAAUAAGACUUGCCAAAAAUCGAUCCAUUUUCCUGUUUGAAUUGAUUAUUUCACGUGCAACGUUUCUAAGCAUUUGAUUAGCCUUUUUCUUUUUUACUUAUCACACUAAUGCAACCAAAUAUGUUUGACAGUUAUUUGUUCAAUAUCGUUAUGUUAUCAUCAGCUCGAUGCCAUUGGUGAAAAGAUCAUUUCAGGAUCGUUAUGUCAUCAUCAGCUUGAUGCCAUUUGCUGGAAAGCUUAAUUAACAGGGAAGAGGUCAGCAGAGUAGAAUUCUCCUCAACAUUCUGAACUCCCCCUAACACACACACCUCCCUUACUAUGGCACAGCACAGAUGAUAGCUCGUUGUGCAGCGGAACUCGACCCCCUACCACACACACACACACCUCCCUUACGAGGGCACAGUACAGUGGAUAGCUCGUUGUGCAGCGGAACUGACCCCCCUCCCCUAAACACACACACACACACACACCUCCCUUACUAUGGCACAGAUGAUAGCUCGUUGUGCAGCGUGUUUUGUUUUUGUAUUUUUUACAACAAAACAGACUGAACUGAUUUUUUUCUUCCCUGCAGAUGUUUCAGUAUACUAUAUAUAAUUACGAUGGAAUUAGUGAAUUUUUUAUUCAGUUUGAUUCACUCAGUGUAAUAAAAAAUUCUGGUUAGUAAUCGAAUUUAUCGAGUAGCGUUAAUCGAAACAUGAAACAAACAGUAAAAACCGUUACCUUGCUUUACCAAAAGCUGAAUACAACAUUGCAUGCAAUACUCUUAUUCGAUCGUUUAGAUACGAAAGGAUGGUGGAAUUUUGAAGUUUUGGCACAAACCUACAUAGUCGUUUUUCUGCUUCUUUUUUUUUUCUUCUCUCUGUCUCUCUUCGUAACAAGUUGUCAUAAGAUGCGUUUAAAAAAACAUACGAAGCAUAUCUCAUGUAUAUCUUUCACAUAGCUUGUUGAAUCUAAAGUUACCCUGGAACUUCACGUCGUAAAUUAUUAUUCUUGAAGAAUAUUUUGGUUACCUUAAUCUAAAACUGGUCAAAAUUCGAGAAUUUAUUUUCAUUGUUCGCCAUUUUUUUUUCCCAGUUUCCAAACAACGCGUUUACGUAGAAUGUCACUACCCUGUCGUACUUGUUUACAUUUUUUAACGGGUGACAUGACCCCUGGGGAAUGUGAUAUUAAUAUACUUCAAGUGGAGCAAUUCAUAAAAGACACAUAGUAAAAAAGUGGAUAUGUAAUUUAUGGCAGCUUUAAAAUUAUUAACACCAGGUUUAGACAUUGAACACUGUUAUAAUAAACAUCAGAAACAAGUCGACCUGCUUAUAAUGCUGUAACACAUCGAAGCUUAGUUCUACCGGGAACAUUGUUAUAAUAAACACCAGAAACAAGUCGACCUGCUUAUAAUGCUGUAACACACUGAAGCUUAAUGCUACCGGGAACACUGUUAUAAUAAACACCAGAAACAAACUGAACUGUUUAUAAUACUCAUAGUAUUACCGUAAAUAUUGUUGAACAUUCUUGUCAUGACAUGACACAUUAUCCAACUUGAUCUAAUUAAUAAAAACGUGUUACAUAUUCAUCAAGUAGAGAUGCCUUUGUAUUUUCGUUGGUAACAACUUACUACAUGCGAUAGAUCUGUUCAUAUUAACCACUGAAAGUGGUAAUUAUUAUCCAGUGGUUACUGUUGUUGUCCUUCACUGUUGGUAUAUAAAGUUUUGUUUUAUUGAAUAUACUUGUCUACUCAGUAACUCUAUAAAUCUUAUAUUUGUAUAGCUUGAAAAUAAAGUAGAAUAUAUUAAUUAAUCAUUUCAUUUUUUUGUUACACUGUAUUCCCAAGUUACUCGAUACCUGCUCGCGCACGCUUUACAAAUAAGUGAACUUUAUAAGUAAAUAUUAGUCAGAAGAAGAACGAACGACAGUCGUUUCUUGGUCUAUUGCAUCAGGUGAAUUUGGUGUGACUUACUGAACAAUUGGUUCAAGUAUUAUAAAGCUGUUGAAAAAGCAGGUUACGUGGGAUGGUUACAUAGCUCCAUAGUGAACAGAGGUCAAAGGUGGGCGUUAUAGAUAUCUGUGCAAUUCGAAAACAUUGUUUACUUCACAAGUGUCUUCUUUUCUCGGUGUAACAUCAGAGUCAAUUUUGAGUGUGUGUGUGUGUAGUUAUAGCAUGGACGCUGUAUUCGUAUCAAAAAUUGGUUCUCCUGUUAUAACGAAGUAUAACUUUAUUGUCAGAAAUAUUUUUAGAAAUAUCGUAGUUCUCUAUAAUAGUAAAACCUCGUCGAUUGUUUUAAAAUACGAACAAGCAUUCAGGACUAUAGGCACUCGUUGAAUUUUCUGACGCUUGAAAUCCUGAUUGGUAAAAUUUGAAUUUUAUCGAUUUUAACCCCUUGUCAUCUUGUUUUUGUUCACUUGAAAAUAUUAUUUAAUGCCACUUUUUUUUUUUAAUUUUGCUUUUUUUGUAGAGUUUACAAAAUAUUACACUGAUACCAAUUAGACAAAUUUUUAUACUUUUCGCCACCAGCGCAUAUUUCUUUGGUAUCGUUGGCUUUAUCUAUCGAAAAUAUGUACACUAUAGAUUCUCGGUUUUUAUGUGUGUGUUUUUCUUACUUUUCAUACGAAAAACGUUUCCCUGAUUGUUAGACGAUAUUUUCGUCACAUUCACGCAGGUUUUAAUAAAGUUCAACGAGCCUUUCCUGUUCCCUUGAGUUACUAUGGGGAUGAAAUUGUAAACAAACAAAACUAUAAAGGCGAUGAAAUGUGUAAUUUUCGAAAACCAUAGUGCAAUGUUGUUAUUAACAUCUGGGGUAUGUAUUUUUCUCGCAAGAGUAACGUUUCAAGACAGCAGUUUUUAGAAUAAUCCGUUACGUUUUGAAGUAUUAGAAAUAAUGUCAUCGUUGGAUUUCCGUUGUUUGGUGGUAGUUCGGUUUUAUAGCUUUAAAGAUAACUUUGAUAUAAUGGCAGUUGUGGUAAAUACGUGCUUGUGUACUUUGAAGUAUAUCUUUUUAUUGAUAGCCCUGUGAUUGGUCAAGAACAUAUGUUAGUCCUUGCCAAAACAUUAUAGAAUAAAUACUGUUUAUUCAUCUGCCAACAGUAUCUGAAAACAGAAAUCGGUGCUCUUUAUAAAUCGUGAGUAAAUAAUAAUUGGGGAAAUUAUUGUGAUCUUACUUAGAGAUAUCGUAUAUUCAUGUGAAUUUUGAAAAUAUAACUUCGACAUUGAUUGCCUCAUAUUGUAUCUACCAUGUGAUCAUCCUCUUUAGAAAUAAGCGAUCAGUUUAUGGUUUAAAAUAACCAGCGUUUAAAUUGUAGUUUGAAAUAAUAGCUCUUUCUGCCUCUUAUAGCAUAAAGUGACAGUUGUAACUUGUUUUUAUCAAAGGGGUCGUGUUGUCAGUUUCCCCCUAGUCAUGUGUUCGGAACUUCAACCAAUGAUAUGUUUCGAGGUUCCAUGAGCUUAUUAGUAGGUAACAUUAGUGCUGAGCAUACUGAGAAUCUUACAGGUAAGUGAUAUGAAUACCCUCGGACUUAACUCCUGUUGUACUCCGACAAAUAACAGAAAUACUUUACUACUAAGUAAAAGUUGGUAGCUUAGCAUUAAUAAUAUGUGCGGACACGUUUUUCACUUCAGUAAGAAACACAAAUACAUUGUUACCUGCUAGUAAGUUCCAUGGUAGCUCACUGAAAAGUAGUUUACUAGUAAUAAAAGUAGAUUAAGAGUGAGUAACUUACUAAUAAGUACCAAAUAGCUCACCAGUGUGUGUGUGUGUAUGUGUGUAUAUAUAUAUAUAUAUAUAUAAGUAAAACAAGAUACUGCAAGAUGACACCUUCCUUGCAAGACGAAGGACAGCUUAUUCGGUGGUUUUCUCCCAGCUGAAAAAUCUCUUACGCAUAAAGUAUCUGAAUAAAAAACAACAACACAAGUUGUAUUUACUUGAAUGGCUAACCUGCUAGCUGUUCCCACAAUUACUGUCCAAAUUCACACCUUUCUGGAAGGCUGGACAGCAUUUUGUGCAAGGUCACAGUGCCGGACAAGUGACUUUAGUAAAGCCCUGUAUCAAGGGCGAGUAUGGCCCUCGUACACACUUUUUUCUAGUGAGGUGAUAUUAAUACAUUCCACUUUUUUAUACGUCACGCUAACGUCUCUUUUAAUCUUGCAUUCCAUUCUUACAGAACGGAUGACACGAGUGGUUUCAGCCCAAGCUGGUUUGCUACAUCUUAAUAGUUCGGCCCCUGCUGUACUGAAAGAAUACUUGUUCGUACAUUUAGUUACUUGGUCAGCGGCUAUAUCACUUUCUCGGAAUUAAUUAUACAAGAGAUGAACAUGCAUGCUAACUUUGUCACGAGAGGCAGAGGUUCGAACAGCGUUGGUUUGUGAACCUAGUAUAAUCUACCGGCAGAACGCAUGUUAGUACGUUAAACAUUUGUUUGCUAUGGCUCCUGGAACCGUCCAUACAUUCACUCGUACAGAUAUAUAUAUAGUGUUCACGUGAGCGGUCAGUUUUUCGUUACCAGAGAGGCGCGGCAGCGGUGCUGGGCUCAGUAAGAUAUUCAAAGAACCUGAACGAGUUCUUCUAAUAAAGAUUUUAGUCCGAGGGGCCAUCACAUAAUUUGAUAACUGUGAUAACUAUAAAGGAGCUUAUGUAAGAAAACCCGACAUAUCGGAAUGUAGCUGACAUCAAAGUGCCUGCCUUCAUCCGGUUCAUUCCGCUCACUUUGCUCUUCCAGCUCUUGCACGGGAUUUACGAAGUAAAGAAGAUUUAUAUAGCUUUCUCAUGUCCUUUAAGUCAUCACCCUAUUUAGAGAUCAGAGGGACGGGCUCGUAUAUGAUAGCUUGCAGGAAGCAGGGAUCUUGCAGUGUCUCCAGGUCUUUUUUUUUUCUGGUUGUAUCUUGCGCCAAGCGGUGUAGGACUAACUAUUUGUUUGAUCGUUUUGUAAUCUCUCUUUUCUGAUGUGUUCUUCCUGAUAGUUUUUUUUGUACACGUGUCACCGUGAAUAAGCUGGCCAAAUAAAAUGUUGAAAAUAAA